AAACAAGUCAGCGUGAGUGUUGUGAUGGUAGAGCCCCAGCACCAACUACCGGCCGUGUACCUCAUGAAGAGAUCACGGUAUUAAAAACUUCUCCCUUAAGUUGAGAACACUGGAAAUAAAUUACAGUCACUGAAGCACAUUGUUCAGCAUAAUGUUGCUCCAAUGGGCUCAGUACACCAGAAAGCCUCUCCUAGUGUCCUGGCAGGGAUGCAUACAAACAUUCAUCCAUCAAAGAUUAUCUACCUCAAGCUCGUGUUUAAAAAGAAGUUCCAGAACGAUAUCAUCAGAUGAUGAUAAGACAGAUAAAACAGACAGUCCAGGAACCUUAAACAGUGAGUCAGUAGAAGAGAUAUUUAGUAAAGAAUCUCCUAAGCAAUUAUUAGAAAAUGCUGCAAGUUAUGAAGACUCACCACUUAGUCCAGAUGAUGUAUGGACACAAGGUCCUUAUCCCCACCACAGCAAUUAUAAACAGAGUCAAGCUAAAAAUUCCAAACGACCCAAAGUUGACCCAAGAGAAACGUCCAUAGUAUUAUUUCCAGGACAAGGUGCACAGUAUGUAGGAAUGGGAAAAGAAUUGUUAAAAUUUCCUAAUGUUCAAGAAAUGUAUGAGUGUGCAUCUCAAAUUCUUGGCUAUGAUCUCUUAGGAGUUUGUUUGCAAGGCCCUUCACAGAAGCUGAAUAAAACCAUACACCAACAGCCUGCUAUUGUUGUGUCUUCGUUAGCUGCAAUUGAAAAAUUAAGAGAUGAACGACCUAGUGCACUAGAAUCCUGUGUAGGAGUAGCAGGAUUCAGUGUGGGAGAAAUUACUGCUCUAACUUUUGCUGGUGCUCUGUCAUUUGAGGAUGCAAUUAGAUUGGUAAAGGUGCGAGCUGAAGCCAUGCAACUUGCUUCAGAAAUCACACCAAGUGGGAUGAUGACUGUCAUGUAUGGGCCAGAUUCUCGUUUAGGUUUUGCAUGUUCUGUAGCAAAAGAAUUUUGUCAACGAAAAGAACUACAAGAAGUUGACUGCCGCAUUGCAAGCUACCUGUAUCCUCAUUGCAAAGUUAUUGCAGGCAAUGAUGAGGCUUUGGCGUUCAUUGACCUCAACAAAUCAGAUUUCAAGUUGAGACGUUUGAAAAGACUGCCUGUGUCAGGAGCCUUCCACACUGACCUUAUGAGUCCAGCAGCUGCAACUGUUAAGGAAAUGCUGAAGAAAAUUAAAAUUGAAGAGCCUCUCAUUCCAGUUCACUCAAAUAUUGAUGGGAAGUACUACAAGAAUACAGGACAGAUCUACAAACAACUGCCCAAGCAAAUUUACUCACCUGUCAAAUGGGAGCAGACAAUGCAUAUACUAUAUGAAAGAAGUCAUGGUAUAGGUUUCCCUAAAACAUAUGAAUGUGGACCAGGUAAAUCACUGAAAGCCAUAUUGAAAAUGUGUAAUGCAAAAGCCUGGGAUUCAUGCUUUAGUAUUGAAGCAUAAUACCUACACAAUGCUAGUAAUCUUAAUUAUUACAAGAUAUAAGUACUGUAUACAGAAAACCCCCAAUUUGAGCAAUAUUUUUUACGGCCAUUUUCCACGUUUGCUGCGUGGGUUAGCUGUAAUUACCUGAUGGCAUGGUGUGGUCAGAUGGGCAAGUGUACUUUUGGACAAGAUUAGUAGAGAAGAGAUAGUGAGGUAAAAAUUAUGAUCUUUAUUUUCCAGUGAACAUCUAAUAAUUCUAAUGUUAUGGGAUUAUGUUGAAAAAUUCACUAUACUGUAGGUGCUUUUCAACAUACACCAUUAAGGAUCUGAUUUAACAAUUUUAUAAUGUGAAUAAAUGAGUGAAAUUAA